AGAGAGUGGGAGAGAGUGCGAGAGGCGAGCCUUUGAAUCUCUGCGGUGCAGAGCUGGAAAAGCUGCUUCUCAGCGAAAAAUCAGACGCCCCGUUUACUCCGCUUAUUCGCUCCUACUAUUUUCCUGGAGAAAAGAAAAAGGGGGACUUACAACCAAGAAGUUGCAACGAGGACUGGUGCCCGUCUCAGCGAACAAACGUGGCAUUUCUUUUAUUAUUAUUUAUGCUGAUUUUUUUUUUUUUUGUGUGAAUACACCUCUACUGAAUGGACUGAGGUUUUAUUUUUGCACUGAGACGCAUUGCUUUCUACCUCCUGCCUGGUCUCUCUGCCAGAUAAUCCCAGCAGAAGUAGGCUAUAUGACGCAAAUCGUGUGCUGAGCAUUAGUCUGAAAGUUUUCCUCCACCACUUUUUUUUUUUUUUCGUUUUCCUUUUUUUUUUUUCUCCCCCCCACCAACCAGACGGUGUUUCAUGCUACAGCAAGUCAGUGCACAGCGGUGGAGGAGCCAAAAGAACUAUUGCAUGAAACAAGAAAGGAGAGAAGAGACGCUGGUUAAUAAGUCAGUUUUUGCGACGCUUGCAAGUACCUUUGCAUAUCUGCAAAAGAGUCGCGACAGCAACAUGAGUGCAGAGCUGAGCAUGGGUCCGGAGCUACCCAGCAGCCCUCUGGCUCUGGAAUAUGUCAAUGAUUUUGACCUGAUGAAGUUUGACGUGAAGAAGGAAGGCCUGGCCGGGCUGGAGCGCAACGUGGUGCGCCAGUGUAACCGCCUCCAACCCCAAGGCUCUGUGUCCUCCACCCCCAUCAGUACACCCUGCAGCUCGGUGCCCUCUUCACCCAGCUUCAGCCCCACAGAGCAGAAAAACCACCUAGAGGAGCUGUACUGGAUGCCGAACAGCGGGUACCAUCAGCAGAUAGACCCGCAGACUCUAAGUCUGACCCCAGAGGACGCAGUGGAGGCCCUGAUUGGAGCCACAGCUCACGGCCACCCUCCGCCUCCGCAUGUCCAACAGCAGCUGCAGCAGCAAGGCGCUUUCGAGGGCUACAGGGGCCCGCAUCACCACCACAGCCACCACGGCCACGGCCAGCAACACCAUCACCCAUAUGCGGGGGGCCUCCCGCACCACGCCGAGGAACUGUCCGGACACCCGGGCGGACACAACCAUCCACACAGCCAGCAUCACCACCACCACAGCCAGGACCCCGACAGCCCGUCCCCGGUCUCCCCAGACUCCCACCAGCCGCUCCAUCACCACCGCCACCAUCAUCACCACCAUCCGCACGGCCACCUGAGCCAGUCGGCGGCACACCACAGCUCCGGGGGCGGACUCAACGUGGAGGACCGCUUCUCCGACGAGCAGCUGGUGUCCAUGUCGGUGAGGGAGCUCAACAGACACCUACGGGGCUUCACCAAGGACGAGGUCAUCCGCCUCAAGCAGAAGCGGAGGACCCUGAAGAACCGGGGCUACGCGCAGUCCUGCCGGUUCAAGCGGGUACAGCAGAAGCACGUGCUGGAGAACGAGAAGACGCAGCUGAUGAACCAGGUGGAGCAGCUGAAGGCGGAGAUCAGCCGCCUGGCACGGGAGAGGGACGCCUACAAACUCAAGUGUGAGAAACUGACGGGGUCAGGGGCCAAUAAUGGGUUCCGCGAGGCUGGCUCGACCAGUGACAACCCUUCAUCACCAGAGUUUUUCAUGUGAGUUGUCGCAGCCUUUUCUUGUGAACCCCCUCACAACAAACUUUCGCCCUCCGACCCCACCUUUCCUCUCUCCACAAAUGACUGACUGGCUGAUGAACAAACGAUAAUAAUCCACACCUCCCAUACUGUUUAUGAUUAUACGACUAACGGUAACAAUUAUAUUCAUAUUAGAAGAAUAAUCCAUCAAAUAGUAUUCUCAUAUAUAAUCAUCUGUCCAUCCACGUGUCAACUGAGAUACAAAGAGCAGUGUAGAGUGUCUGAUGAGUCGCAGCGUCUUUGUAGAUUAGUUGCUUGUAGUGAAGAGAGACUUUUUUCUUCUUCGAAGAAGAAGAAGGAGAGGAUCGGCUGAUGAACUUUUUCUUUUUUCUCCUCUGAGGCUACAGCUUUUAAAUAAUCUGUAAGUAUUGUGGGAUGGCGUCGAUGAAGUUGUCUUGUCAUUUUGUUCUCUGAAGCGAUGACAUUGUUAUGAAACAACGAGUAGGCCUGGCCUCGAAGCCUGCAACUCCCGAGACUCACGUUCGACAAAGUGGGCCCGUAAUCCGAGAAAAUCUCCAAAAGCAAGACUCCACGUUAUGCAAAUUUAACUUCUGUCUACUAACCCGUCAGUGGGGGGGGAGGGGGACAUUUUAUGCAACAUCUCAUUGAUUUAUUGCCUGCUUGGUUAUAUUCGAAUAUAUAUUGAAACAAAAAAUCUGCAUUAAAUAUUAAUCCUGCAUGCUGGACAUGUACGGUAAUUUCUAUUUUGUACUUUCAUCUUCUCGUGUAUAUUAAGAGCAUGUUGUUGAUCUGCGCUUCUCCAUAGUUUUUGGGGGGUUAGAGAUUUGCAGCGGGGACAGAACAGCAGGACUGCCGGUGCAGUAUCAUUUGGUGUGGGUUUCUUUGAGCUUGUAAAUAUUAUGCAACUGCAAAACUGCACAACAAGAUUGAGGAGGCUGGUUUGAACUUCUUUCUUUCUAUGUGUUGUGUUUUUAUCUCAUUUUUUCCUGAUUUUUUUUUUUUUUUUGUAUCAUUUGGGGUAUUGAUUGAGAGAGGAGUGCAUUUUUUUUUCAGUUGCAUUUAAAUACAACAAACUUUGUGUGUCAAGUGCACUUUUGAAUAAUGAUUUGCAAGUUUUCAUUUUGAAUUUUGUGCAGACCUCCCUCCAGGAAGACAUACUAUGAUACUAUACUGUAAUACUAUUCAAGAUAGGCCUCUAAGUGCAAAGUUUUGGAGCAAUUUCUGGACACUUGUGUGAGGCUGAGGAGACAAACGUGUGGCCAUGAUAUUAUUAGACCCAGACUGCACAGAAUAGGCUAUUGGGAAACCAAGGUUUUCUACGUAGUGUUUAACACACACAAUGUGGGUUAGUGCUGUCUGUCAUUUUAAUUCAACAUGGUUUUUGUGCCACUAAUUCAGAAAAGUGUUGUCUGCCUUUCUAUUAACUCAAACCAAACAAAACCUUACCCUUUAAUUCCAAUUGGCGGCCACCUGUAGCACAUUUCCACUGGGCCUCAUAUUAAGAAUUUAUAUUUUUAACAAUAUUUAGAAAAGGUGAAACAACUUAUUUGUCGGGGGGUUUUCUGUAGAGUUAAUAUUUAGAUAACGCAAGCUUUUUAAUACAAAGUUUGACUAUUAAUGCUCUGUGUUUUCCUAAUUUUUUUUCUGCCGGUCAGUAAAAAAGGGGAUUCAGGUUGUGCAAAUUCUCAAAAUGAAAACAGUAUGUACGUUAUGUAAUAUGUUUUUUUUUUCUCGUCUGUUUUAUUAUUAUUUGAUGAUUCUGGUUCUGCUGGCCAGAUGCAUAGUUAAAGUUUUUAUUUUAAUGAUUUAAAUUAACAAACUGUCAGAUCAUAUCGAAUAAGCAUGGUGCUUGCAUUUGAAACUGUUGUUGAAAAGUCACGCAUUUAACAAUCUUUGGUUAUUACUGAUUCAACUGUGUUGAAAUCGAACUGAAACUGCAGCAGCGGGUUGUUGUUAUGUUUUCACCGAUUCCAUGUACUUUGCGAUGAUGGGGAUCAAUUUUCAAUCCUGUUUAUAUAAAUAAUAGUUAAACACUUAAAUUUGAACUGUUCCAUUCAGGCUGGUUUCUGUUUUGUCUUAUUUUGGUUGUUUUUGAAGAAAUUGUUUCCUAUUUUGCUUAUUAAAGUCAUU